AACAGCCUCGCCUCGUACUCGUUCGGCGUCGACGUGGAGCGCGAGGCCGACGAGGAUUUGUCGUUGGCGGUGCUGGCGACCGAAGUGUCCGACUGCGCGGCCGUCUGCGACUGUAUCGACGACAACGGCCGCUUGAACAAGACGCAACUGCGAGCCGUGGCCGGCGGUCAAGUGGCCGAGCGAAUCGUCUUGGCUACCGAGGACCUGCUGACGGAGGAGGGCGGCUUUCCGUGCGCUCGCAUCGACGCGAUGAAGGACUGGCAGUAG